CUGUGCUUUCAAGGAGACAGAGACAAGCUAUACAACAGAAACCCUUGACGAUAUCUGCAAGAUACGCUGUUUGAAGUGAAAAUGGGCUUCUCAGAAUUACGAAAAGGAAUAUGAUAGUAGAGUCAUAAGGAGUUGUAGUCCUCGAGUUGUUUCCGCUGAGAAGACUAAGUAAGAACUAGUAGGUCUUUACAACCCUCAUCAAGAUCAACCACAUCAAACGCCAAGAGAUCAAGAUGUUUCCUUCCGCAUCAGCCAGCUCGCGCGCGACGAGUCGUGGAAACUCUCCUUCCGCCGCCACUUUUUUCCGUCCUCCACCACUAGGCACUAUUAUCGCGCCACCCGGUUUAGUGCCGUUGCCAAAGAACUAUCUUGGUUAAGGCUCAUAGUGAUUGUAGUUUUUAGUUGUACAGUUCAGCCUUGUUUUGUCGAAAGAGGCUCCCCUAGCUGGUUGCACGAUAAUCAGCUACAGUAAUGCGCUAUGUACGAAUUUACUCAUCUCUCUGGCCCUGCAGGGCGGAUGAACAGCCAUGUGAAUGUUUAGACGGAUGCCAACUGUCGCUCUAACAGAUCUCCCCAGGCAGCGUGAGUUGCGUCGCGGCUAGUCGAAGUGCGUCUUACGGCAGCGUCGCUUCGCAUCCUCCUGGCAUCGCUUACGACUAUGACCCGUUCUUGGACGCUUCUUCGUCGUCGUCUUGUUUCAGGACCGUAGUUGGGUCUCGUACUAGAAGUGGAAACUACUUGCAGCAAGGAUCUGGACGAGGAUCGCAUGGUCCUCCUACACCGAAAAAUCAAGACCAUGGUACUCGUUCUAGAACUGAGCUCCAGCAGCUUCAUGAAGUCAGAUAUCAGCGAAAGAACAGCGCACCAGCAGCAUCAUUGAAUCACCAUGCAGCAGCGCAGAAACUAGCUGUCGCUCAACGUGAAUAUGAACAAGUACAAGGAGCAGGGACCAAACAAACUACUACUACUACUGCUACUGUUUCGAGUGGUCGCGUUCAUCCAGUUCUUGCUGCAGAUAUAGACACACCGACGUACUACACGACGCAUGAAGAAUUGACUGCAGAAGAAUUGCAGGACUUGCCUAGGUCUUCGUCUUCUUCGGGUACGGCUCCGGUUGCAAGAAGUGGCAGCCACGACAAGCUUGAAGAGCAGCAACCAGUUCUUGUACAACAAGCUCUAUCUUCGUCUUCACAAAAUGAGCAGGCUGGUGAAGAGUCAAGAAGAGCAAGUUCUUCAACAUCUGCUUUCAAAAAAGAGGUGGAUAUUGAUAUGGUGGAGCAGCACGGAUACGGAAGAAUAUCUGCUGUCGAAACUGGCCGUCUUUCUGGUUCAACAACGGCAGGCAUAGGCCUAUCUGCCUCAACCACGACAGCCAAUACCGUCGGGAGCAAGAGCCUUCCCGUCACCGCAAAGACGAAGUCACCAGCAGGUGCGGACGACGCAGCUGGAGGCGGUCAUCGUGGUGGAAGUGGAAGUACAACUGCGGCCACGAGUUCUAGUUCAACCUCAACAUGUAAUUUCACAUCUGGCGGUGCAUCUUCUAGUACCUCACGCCAGGCACGCGGAAGACCUCCAGUUUCCCCUCAUUAUGCUACUGCCACGGUCUCUAGUCACAGUCGGUCCGCCUCAAAGUCUGCGGCUGGUGGAGCAGCUGGUGGCGCAGGAGGAGGCCGCGUCGUCCCAGGUGUUGUUGCGAAUGACGAAGCAUCGGUUGACAGGACCAAGGUUGUGGAUCCUAGUCGCCUACUCGGAAGUAAAGGCGCACCGCCACCCUCAUCAAGCAGUCGUGGAGCAGGACAUCUUGCGCAAUAUGCAGAACAGAACCUACUAACAACUCCAUCUUCCGCAGCUCAUCCUGGUGUGACAUCGGCUACUUCAGCACACACCGGUCCAUCAUCCUCUGUGCCUGUAAAAGCACUUGCUCCCGCCUCAUCGUCAGAAGUCCUACACAAAUCAUCGAAAACUGCAAUAGCUGCUUCAGUUGUGAACAAACAACAACAAGUAGCUUCAUCAAGAACACCUAGUACGGCAGGCUUACGAGCGGGAAGUACUCCACCUGUCCAGUACGUCAAGCAGAGACUUACAGAAGAGCCGGAUGUCUACCCACCACCGGGAGAGUCUGUAGUAGAGCCUGUCGUCAGACGAUCUUCUCAACAAGUAAUAGGUGCUAAAACAACAGCUAGUGGAGCAGCUACAGUUGUAACGAGUAACAAGACCACUGCGCGUCCACGUGUUAAUAGCGGCGCAACGACUGCAAGAGAGCGGUCUAUUAGUGCGAAUUCCGCAGUUCGUUUCGGUCUAGACAUACCUGAGAUGCUUUUGCCGGGUAGUGGCUCAGUAGUAAUUCCACUCGAGCAUCCACGUGGGUCGAAAUCUACGAAUUUGACACCUCGCAAUGGAGGUGAGCAUAGUGUUUCCGCGACAGCUUUGGUCUUGGGGCCGAGAGCGGGUAGACAAGCAGGCGAUUUUGGUGCUGGAGGGAAUAGUUAAGGAGAUCAGCACACUCCUAGAAGUGCUACAAUUUGUAAUUCUAAUCGAAGAUCCUUAUAAUAAAUGUUAAUACAACUUGAUGGAGUCUUAGAAUUAGAAGAUUACUUCUGCAACCUCAGGAUACCUAUGAUGUACUGCAGAAUUAGGUUACCUAUGUGGAGGGAAAGGGAUUGUAGUUAUCCAGCAAUCUACCACACUACGAAGAUAUUAGACACCUCUACUAAUGAUCUACUAGAAGAAACUACAGUCGAGAACCACCUGGAGCUUUGAUACAACCUCAGCAAGGAUCUACUAUUCUUAAGGCUUACCCUAAUCCAUCUUCUGAAGCAUCUUAGACCUGUCCCGUAAGGGGAAAAUAGGCCCAAGAUGAAUCCCGCGAUGGAUUAGGGUGCGCUCUACUAUUCGUGGAUCUCCCACCUACGCCGGUGCCUCAACAGCUCUUUCCCUCUCGGCCAAAGAGUUGAAGCAGGUCGUGCGGUACCGCGAGGCAGACGUUGCCAGGAGACGCGAGAGCGUCCUAGAGAGUCGUGCAAUCCUAGAAGACCGUCUGAUGCUGCAGGGUAGGGUCCAGGCCGAACUACAAGCUCUCAGCGGCAAGAGUGCCAGAUACGAAAGACAAGCUAGGAAUUUGCAGAUCGAAACUCAGGCCAUGGCGAAUGAGAUCGUACAGUUGGAGGAAUCGAUAGCAUCAAAAAAACGAGUUUUAGAGGAAGAAACGUUGCCAGAAUUGAGGAGAGAGUGUCGGGAGGAGAAGAUUGGGAAGGAGAUUGGGCCAGAAAAAGUUCAAGCAGCAGUGGACGAGUUGAAAGCAGCAUUGGCGCAAGGCAAAGCGAACUACGAAAAAGCCGUGGCGGAUUUUAGACAAAAAUUGAGGGAUGACAAGGUACUGGUUUCUAAACAGUGUGUGAUAUUCAUAAGAAUAUUUUAGAAUCCAUUGAGUACUAAGGACAAGAAUCUAAAUCAAAAUUCCCAAGGGCAAGGGGCUUCUUUCUGCAUUCAUUUACUCCAUUGACUCCAUCCCCUCCUUCCCCCUCUGCUACAGUCGCAAUUCGAGCGUGACUUCGGAUCGAAGCAAGGCGAGAUUCGCGGCUUCCAGAAACAACUCGAGAGCCUCGAGGUUUCUCUCAAGCGGGAAAGACAACGCGUCGAUCAUAGAGUCAAAGACAACGCUAGUCGACGCGAGGCUUUGGUAGAAGCCAGAAGCAUUCUAGAAGAUCAGAUCUUCGUAGCCCGUCGUUCUAUGCACAGCCACACGCGCAAAGACGCGGCUCGUGCGGCAGGCCUCGAAGAAAACGCUCGAAAAUUGGAAGUGGAAGUGGAGAAAGCGCAAGUUGACCUUGCCCAAAUGGAACAAGUCCUAGCUGAGCAGCGAAAUGAAGCGGAUAGGCGGAUCGAACUAGCCGAAGCCGCAGAAGCAGGCUUUAGCGGUGCGGAUGAGGAGACGGAACAGAUAAAGGCCGAAGCGAUUGCAGCAGUGGCAGAAAUCCUGAAAAAGGAUGGUGGGUGGAAGUGGAACAGUGGACCGGGUUCGAAGACGUCGACUAAUGGUCGGCCGUCGCUUUCGGGAACACAAGGUUAAGGCUGUACCAAAUACAUCUUUGGACAUCAUAUCCUUGAUGAAAUGUAUGGACGAGGAGUAUCCACCUAAAGGAAUAAUACUCUCCCAUACUUGUUUUCAAGGAUGCACUUGAAAGAUGAAGGACGGACAGCUCUAACAAGGAUCGACCUCCGGGAAUACAACGCCAACGACAAGUAGAAAAGGAAGUGUAGCGGAUCUGGUGAUGGCUGCGAGUGGUACGAUCUGCUUUUCAUCUUGUUCAUCUCUUCAUACUAGAUUCACAUUCAUCUCGUGAACAAUACAGAAAGUAUUACGGUACAACACUCUAGAACUUCUGCAAUACGUCCAUCCUUGUUCAGGUAACUCUUGGAACUCAACGGCUGCCGCCUCUACGGCCACCGGCUUGCCAUUACAUGAAAGAAUUUCUCUCAUGGAUCCACGUGCGGCUGACCAAUUGACAAGUGACGACGUGCUGGAUCGUGCUGAACGUUGUUUGAUGGCUUUAGAGGGCACCUUUGAGGAAGAGGUGGCUGCCUUGAAGCACUUCAGGCAGUUUUGCUUGUCUUUAAGGCCCAACAGAAUUCAUUUGUCGAUUGUAGAUUUUUGGUCCUCUUAUAAUAUUAAUUUAAGAGGAGAAGAGGAGUUGUAGUUCUAGUUGAAGGGACUGAUCCUUGCGGCUUUACUUCGGAGAUAAGUAGAUCAUACUUAGUUACCUGUCUUUCUCUAAUCCCUCAAGUGUCCGCAGUCUCCAUGGUAACGCCAGAGUUUGAACUGAAUAACGCUGGACGCAUAUCAGGAAGCUCGCAAGUGAAGCUACGAGCACGGUCACGCUUAGCAGGCAAGUAUGCUUCAGAAUUGGAGGAGGAACGAGCUGUAUCUGAGAAAUUCCAAGGUGGUCUGGAUAAUAGUGACUGGCACGAAUUUCUGUCAUCUGAGGGGGAAGAUGAAGUUGGCGAAGAAGUUGAAGAUUUGCAGCUUUCUGUGGAUGAUUUGCGGCUAGGCGGUGGACAACAAGAAGUAGAAGCCCGUGCCGUGGAACAACAACAGCCAUCUUCAGUCAAUGUUGAGCCUCCUUCAAUAGAACAACAUCAAGUUGCCAUAGACCAGCAUGUAAAUGUAUCACAGCCACCAACUCAACAACAAGUACAACAACAACAAGUACAACUACAUGUUUCAACAUCUCAACAAGAAGCUUAUCGUUAUCCUUAUGAUCCGGAACAAGAAUAUCCGGAACAAAAAACGCUCGUUGAAAUUGACGUAGAAGUACCCGACGAGGAACAUCAAGACAGUGUUGAGCUAGACUUAGACAAUUGCGGUGCUAUCAGUGUUCACGAACUACUGCCUUCUGAUCAGACACCAAGAAUGCUUGGAGGAGCAACUACUGGGACUACACUGCGAGCUUCAAUCAUGCAAACAGGAGCUUCCGAGGAUAUCUACACUGAUGCCAGGUCGUCAAGCUACUAUGACCCAAGGAGUACGUGUGGAGCAGCAGGUCCGGAUGUCAACGGUGUGGUAAGGGAUCGUGCUACAAUGGAUUCGUCACCAGGAAGGAGAUAUGGGAAAGCGGUAUUGUAGUUCACUUGUGUGAGUAUGACUUCGAUUCCCCUAUCAUGAAUGUGAAAAGGUCUUACAACUGCUUACACUAUGUAAGUAUGCUUGGAAAUAGUUGUGCAAAAGAUGUUCUUGCAGUCAUCUUUUCCCUCUUGUCAACACAGGUCGACCCCGGCCCAGCAGGAAACCGAGAAACCAACAUUUCCUUACUUUCAGUAGAAACACGAAGGGGCAGCUCGGCCUCAGCAGCAGCACCUGUGUGGGCUACUCCCGAGACGAACAUCAGUACGAGAACAAGCUUCGGCAGUAUGUCACGCGUGGCCAUGAUCAGUGGUGGCGGAGGGUAUGUCUAUCCAGAGCAGAGAGCUUACACCACACCCCAUUUUCCAGUUCCAAACCAGCCUGUGCAAUUAGUAGAACAUCAUGCUUAAUUAUUAGUGCGAUGAGGACCACUGCAAAACCAAAAAACUUAAUUAAGUAUCAUCCCGCUGGUAGGCUUGAAGGACUACUUGGGAUGCGAAUGAAUGAAUCGUCGUAAAACUGAAAGUAUCCACCUUGUCCAGUGCUUCCACCUCUUCCUCUUUAUUGUCGUUGGUGUUUUAAUCUCGUUGAUCAUUCACCCUGAUUGUGGAUCAAAUGAACUUACUCUUCAUGAUUUAGACACGAAUCCUUCUAAGUAUAAUCUAUCGUGAAGAACUCAACAGGAAAAUCAGACAGCGCACAAGAAUGAAUCUUCAUUCCCACUUUUCGCUUACAACGUACACACCAAACACUACUAGCUGCAUAUUUUUUAUUAGCAAACUUGUCAAGGAAGUCUUCAAAUGGUUGAAUUACUUUUUCAUGUUUCAUCACCUACGACUAAAAAGAGUAGCAGAUGAACUUCGACGCGCAAAGGAUUACCAUCUGUAAAAGUCAUGGAAAAUACUGGUGAAGGUUGACUUCUGCCGAUAUAGCAGCCUCGCGCCCCUGAGGAGAUGGCCCUUUAUCAAAGACGAAGCACGU